GAAGAGGAUUUAGAAGAAAAAAGGAGAGAGAAAAAAGAAAAGAAAAAAUACUAACCAUCUUAUUGCAAUUGUGUCUAUUUUUUUUAUACAUGUUCUUUAUUUCUUGAUUAUUGCAUGGUAAGCUCUUAGAUACGGUCUAAGUGAGAAAGAUAGAGAUAGGAAAGAGAUAUAUCUAAAUUGGGUUGCAGUAUUGAGCAGAGAAGCAAUCCAUGGCAAGAUAGCGACUUGGAGAAUAACCCAUCAUCAUCAUCAUCUCUUCACGAGAUUUUGCUUUUGCUACCCAAUGAAUGAUGCCUUUCUGUGUCUGUAAUUCACUGCCACCUGUUCAUUUAUACAAAGCUGUGUUUGGUUUACUGGUUGUGUCCAAGGCUGGGAUUCUCUAUAUAUUUCUUUCUAUUUAACUUAUUAGUUACCGUCAAAAAAAAAAAAAACUUAUUAGUACUCUUUCUUUCUUGUUGUUUCUUCAAAGUUGCAAAGUGGGCAUUUGGAGAGAAGGGUUUAAAGAAAAAGAUAAUAUCAAACAAACAAAAAAAGAAAGAAAGAAACUGUUCCUUUGUUUUUAUUUUCUUGGAGUUUUCUUGUUCACGAGAAUAAGCUUAAGCAUGUUCCCUGCAGCCAUGUCUAAUUCAACUUCUUUGUCUGAAGAAGCUAGUGUCUCUUCUGGUAACAGAGUAGUUCAAGAUUUUUGUGGCAUAAAUCCAGUGGUUAACCAGCAACAACAAGGACAGAAGGUCAAGAAGAAAAGAAGCCUUCCAGGAAACCCAGACCCAGAUGCAGAAGUGAUAGCAUUAUCUCCAAAGACUUUAUUAGCUACAAAUAGAUUCGUAUGUGAGAUCUGUAACAAAGGUUUUCAAAGAGAUCAGAAUCUUCAACUUCACAGAAGAGGACAUAACCUUCCAUGGAAACUGAAGCAAAGAAACAGCAAAGAAAUAAAAAAGAGAGCAUAUGUUUGUCCUGAACCAUCUUGUGUUCAUCAUCAUCCUUCUAGAGCUCUUGGUGACCUUACAGGUAUCAAGAAACACUACUGUAGAAAACAUGGAGAAAAGAAAUGGAAAUGUGAAAAAUGUUCAAAGAUCUACGCUGUUCAAUCUGAUUGGAAAGCUCAUUCUAAAACUUGUGGAACUAGAGAGUAUAGAUGUGACUGUGGAACCCUUUUCUCCAGGAAGGAUAGCUUCAUAACCCAUCGAGCAUUUUGUGAUGCAUUAGCUGAAGAAAGUGCAAGACUUUCAGCCCACCAAUUAGUUUCUGCCAAUCCAACGCACCAAAGUAGUCUUCUUCUACAAAACCCACAACCUUCUCUCUUCCCUCUCCAUCAUCAGAUUUCACUCAACCCUUGGGAUCCACUUCAUCAUCAUCGUCAUCAAAACCCUAGCAGUAACCCUCCUCAAAACCCGACUGUUCAAAUCAAGCCUGAGACUCACCAUUUCCAGCUACCAUCGUCACUUCUCUUCCAAGAACCAUCUCCCUUCCAGACCCUAUCAAAUCCUGCCACCUCAGUAGCGACUGCAUCGCACCACCUGUCAGCCACUGCACUCCUUCAAAAGGCUGCUACUGUGGGUGCAACUCAGACAACGGUGGGUCAUAGUCAGAUGACCCAGCUUGACAUGACUGAGUUGGGGUCGGCUGACUCGGUGGCUCAGCAGCAUGGAUCAUCUUUCUUGGGAAAUCUUGCCACGUGGCAUAAGAAUGAUCGUUUGACAAGAGACUUUCUGGGUCUGACUGGUGAUGCUAAUGGCAAUGUAGCGAAUGGGAGUGGUGGUGGUGCCGCUGUUAACGUUAGCGUGAAUGUGAGGGAAAUGCUAACGUAUACAGGGGGAGUAGGUUUGCAGCAAUACGCUAUAGAGAGAGACCACACGCUGUUGAAAUCCCACGGUUUUGGAUUCGCUCAGCCUCCUGCCUCUGAAACGUGGGGCGACUGCUAAGGGAAAAAGGGUAAAACAGUAAUCCAGUUCUUCCCCAUGUCUGAAACGACACAAAUACCCUCACCCCUCCAAAUCUACUCUUCUGGCUCUGUACAACCAAAAUGAGUAGUAGUAGUAGGGUUAAAGAAUUAAGGACCUUCUUCUUGUUAUGUCACCUUUCGUCUUUUUAUUUAUGCUUCAUUACAACAUCUUCUUUUUUUUUCCCUUCCCUUCUUUUAAAGAUUUUGACUCUUAAAUCUCUAAAUUAAUGCUUUAUUAGUUUCUCUUAGUA